AUGAAGCCUGCUUCAAUGGCAAUGUGGCUACGAAAUGGUUUAAAAGUACGAUGCCUUCAGUCUGGCACAACAUUGAGACGAAUCUCUACCAAAAGUUGCGAGUCGAAGGUGAAGACAAGACCUAUUGAUGAGUCUGCGAAAGUGCUCAGACAUCUGCAUUUUAGCAAGCAAAUGCCAUUCAAGAAAGGUAUUGAUAUCCAGGAACGGUUUGUGAAAGCUCAAUUGGACAUCAAAGAACUUCAUGCCAAGAUAAGGAGACGUACAGCACAGUUGCAGCAAGAAAAGGCCAACGCAAAUCUUAACGACAAUGAAAGACAAAUACUCGAUCGCAUUUUGAAUAUGAAACCUAACCCAAUCAUUUUGACCUUUGAAUUCCAACCCACUUACACUGGCGGCAAGCGAAUAAAGAAGCUGAUCACAGAGGAACAAAUCUCGAGGUAUGAGGAAUUCUGUCCAUCGGCACAAAAGAACAACAUGAAGCCAAAAUUUGUCCAAGUAGAGAGAGGUGGCCAAGUCACCUUCCAUGGCCCCGGACAGGUUGUUGCAUAUAUCAUUUUGGAUCUAAAAACAUUCAAAGAUUUCCCUGCGAAGUGCUUUGUUUCGAGCAUUGAAAAUGCUACGAUCAAUGCUUUAAGAGAUGCCAAGGGACAUGACGACGAAGGAGCAUUGGAUGUGCGUGCCAGGAAGACAGACCAGACUGGAGUCUGGGUUACCGAUAAAAAAAUUGCCAGCAUAGGCGUUCAUGUUAGGAGAUCUAUAACCUCGCAUGGUGUUUGCAUAAACGUUUGUCCAGACUUAUCCUACCUGAAUAGCUUUGAGAUGUGCGGUCUUCCGAAUAGUUUGGCAACCUCAGUUAAAGAGCUGCGUCCAGCCUCCUCGAUCACAACAAAGGAUAUUGCAGUCAGCUUCGUGAAUGAACUGGCAAAGGUCAUCGGCAUAGAUGUCGUAGAAAGGGCAGAGCUGGACGACAUAGAACUUUGA